GGAAGAUAUUGCGUGAUUGAAUAUCAAAGCAAACGCGAGAGGGCAAACUAGGGAAAUGGCCGAGGCAGCAGAAGUAGCAAGACCCACACAAGGAGUGAAGGAGCUUCUGGAGAACUCCAAUGGACGAAUUCACGAUCAAAGUCUACCAGAUAAGUACAUCAAGCCCGAGAUUGCCCGCGUGAGAUGCAACACUCCCCUGGCAGGCAUUCCCCUCAUUGACUUCUCCCAGAUCCAUGGCGAAAGCAGAAGCAAGAUCAUCCAAGACAUAGCAAAUGCGGCACAGGAGUGGGGCUUCUUCCAGGUGGUAAAUCACAGCGUUCCUCUGGCUCUGAUGGACGCCAUGAUGAGCGCCGGCCUGGAGUUCUUCAACUUACCUCUGGAGGAGAAGAUGGCGUAUUUCUCUGAGGACUACAAGCUCAAGCUUCGCUUUUGCACCAGCUUUGUGCCCUCCACUGAGGCCCACUGGGACUGGCACGACAAUCUCACGCACUACUUCCCACCUUACGGUGACGACCAUCCUUGGCCAAAGAAGCCACCCUCUUAUGAAAAGGCUGCAAGGGAGUAUUUUGACGAAGUUCUGGCACUGGGUAAGACAAUCUCACGAGCACUCUCCCAGGGUUUGGGACUAGAGCCCGACUUCCUCAUCAAGGCAUUUGGAGAGGGGAUGAAUUCCAUACGAGUGAAUUACUAUCCACCUUGCCCGAGGCCUGAUCUUGCCGUCGGGAUGAGCCCACACUCUGACUUUGGUGGCUUCACGAUCUUGAUGCAAGACCAAGCCGGAGGGCUCCAGGUGAAGAGAAACGGGGAGUGGUACUCGGUGAAGCCGGUCAGGGGCUCAUUCGUGGUGAACAUCAGUGACCAACUCCAGAUCUUUAGCAAUGGGAAGUUUCAGAGCGCCGAGCAUCGCGCUGCCGUGAACUCGAGCUCGCAAAGGCUUUCGAUCGUCACCUUUUUCGAGCCCUCCGAGGACGUGGUUGUGGCGCCCAUCCCAGAGCUCCUCCUUCGCAACAGUGAGCCGCCGCGCUACAAAGAGAGCCUGUUUGGAACGUACCUUGGCAAGCAGUUCUCCAAGUACUUUGACAGCAAGAACGCCAUACAAGCGCUUGAGAUUAAUCGCUAGAAAGUGGCUCAAAGCGCAAACACAACAGCUCUUCCUCCAAACCCACAACUUCUUUGUGCACUUCUUUUCUGAGAGAAUGUGUGAUUUCAUAUAAUCUGGUGAUGGUGAUCGUAUGGAAACGAGGGGGCCUUUUAAGAAAGCGUGCGCUUCCAGCAGUCGAGAAUGUUUAGCUAGUGGCGCUUCCACCAAAUCACCUGUCCGCAUCCACGCGGAUAUAACCAAAUCUAAGUUCGUUAUAAGCCGAGCUUGUUUCUUCCCUUCGACGUCCUCUAGCGCGAAUAUGGGAGUGCUGCUUUUGCUUCUUCUUCUCAAUGCAGCUUCAGCAGUCUUUGCAGGAGCAGGAGUUCCAGCACCAGCAGCUAGCUUCUGCGUAGUCCUCUGCGACGGGCCCUCCAGCUCCAACAAGGUCUUCUCCGAAGAUGCCACUGUCACCGAGUACUGCAAACACUGCAACGGACCCCCCACGAUCUCUAUCUCGAAAAUCUGCAACCUCUUCUGCGACUCCAACUGCAAACUCUCCAACUCGCUCCUCUGCAUCCUCUGCAAUCUCCUUACCGGUGGCACAGCCGCCGACGAGGCCGAGACGACGGCCUCGGUAGCUCGAGUCCGUUUCUCGUCCAGGACUUACUCCUACACUUCGCGUGAGUGUAGCCUCUAUUGCCACCCCGGGAGCAUCACCUACAACGCCGUUGCGUGCAAGAGCUGCAGAAAGCCCGGGAUUCCGAGUGAGUCCGAAAUAGAAGCGAGCUUCACGAACCUGGAAAACGGCGCGCAGAAGAGGGCCAUCUUCGUGCAGUUCUGCGACACCUUCUGCAGUUCACCACACAAGUAUUACUGCAAAGUGUGCAGGGAAUCAGCAUAAAGCUUCCUCCUGCAAGUCAUUACAAGUACACCUUUUUAUUUACAGUAAACCAAUGUCAAAACUGUUGUGCUUU